CCUUUUCACCAAACCAAAACUGCUGCUUUUUGAAAAAAAAAAAGGAAUUAACUUGGAAACUGGGGUUAAGAAACCGUGUCCUGUCCUAAUCACCAAAUCAUCAACUCAGCAUUCUCCAUUGUUCUUAAAGCCUCAGUCUUCGAAUUUCUUUCUCCGCAGACCACUCGAAUUUCCAUCUCCGCAGAUCACGCAGAUUACCCAGGAAGGAAAUUCAGUAAAGUCAGCAUCUUUCCAAAAAUUAAGGUGGCCCAGAUUGUUCAAUUGCAGCACAGCCGCCUCUGUUCUCUCUCUCUCUCUCUCUGAAGCUCAAGAACCGAAAAGAUGGCGCCUCUCUCUCUGCUGGGUGUGAGCUUCUGCAUUGUUGCUGGGUUGCUGGGUACGGCCAUGGGAGCAGAAGAGACCACCUCGCACGCGAGGGAGCUCGACCGUACACCCACCUGGGCUGUUGCUGGUGUCUGUGCUGUUAUCAUCAUCAUCUCAUUUGCUUUGGAGAAGGUCCUUCACAAAGCUGGAACGUGGCUUACGGAUAGGCACAAGAAAGCGCUGUUUGAAGCUCUUGAGAAGGUUAAAGCUGAGUUGAUGAUUCUAGGUUUUAUUUCGCUGAUCCUGACUUUCGGGCAGAGUUACAUUGCCAAAAUUUGUAUUCCACUAAAGGUUGGAGACACAAUGCUGCCAUGUAGCGUGGCUGAUGAGGAGGAGGACUCAACAGCUAGUCGCCGGAGACUCUUAUGGUACGAACGCAGAUCUUUAGCUACUGCCUCUGGUUAUAAAUGCAAGACUGGAUACGAGCCACUUAUAUCAGUUAAUGGAUUGCACCAACUGCACAUCCUCAUAUUCUUCUUGGCGGUCUUUCACGUGAUAUACAGUCUUAUCACAAUGCUGCUCGGGAGGCUAAAGAUUCGAGGCUGGAAGCAUUGGGAGGCAGAGACUUCAACUCAUAACUAUGAGUUCUCCAACGAUCCUUCGAGAUUCAGACUUACUCAUGAGACAUCAUUUGUUAGAGCACACACCAGUUUCUGGACUAGGAUUCCAUUCUUCUUUUAUGUUGGAUGUUUCUUUCGACAAUUUUUUAAGUCAGUUAGUAAGUCUGACUACUUAACAGUGCGCAAUGGAUUCAUCACUGUUCAUUUAGGCGCAGGAAGUAAAUUUAACUUCCAAAAAUAUAUCAAGAGAUCAUUAGAGGAUGACUUCAAGGUUGUCGUUGGAGUUAGUCCUGUAUUGUGGGCAUCAUUUGUGAUCUUUUUGCUCCUUAAUGUCAAUGGAUGGCAGUUACUAUUUUGGGCAUCCUUGAUCCCUCUCAUGAUAAUCUUACUUGUUGGAACAAAACUUCAAGCCAUCCUGACAAAAAUGGCUCUUGAAAUUAGCGAAAGGCAUGCAGUGGUUCAAGGGAUUCCUCUAGUACAAGGCUCCGACAAAUACUUUUGGUUUGGUCGGCCUCAUUUGAUUCUUAAUCUUAUCCAUUUCGCACUGUUUCAGAACGCAUUCCAAAUUAUUUACUUUUUCUGGAUAUGGUAUUCAUUUGGGUUGAAUUCUUGCUUCCAUGCCAAUUUCAAGCUCGCAAUCGCUAAAGUAAUUCUCGGGGUUGGGGUUCUCUGUUUGUGCAGCUACAUUACACUUCCUCUAUAUGCCCUUGUAACUCAGAUGGGCUCACACAUGAAAAAAUCCAUCUUCGAUGAACAAACAUCCAAGGCCCUCAAAAAGUGGCACAUGGCGGUGAAAAAGAAGACGCACGGAAGCAAGUCUCCUGCUCGAACCCUGGGUGGUGGAAGCUCCACCAUUUCAACGAAGGACUCCUCAUCCUCGGGAGGACCAACACUGCAUCGCUUCAAAACUACUGGUCACUCAACUCGCUCAGCAGCCUUUGAGGACCAUGAGACAUCUGAUCUCGAAACUGAUCCCCUGUCACCUUCAUCAACAAACUUGAUUGUAAGAGUGGAUCCAUUUGAGCAACAGACCGAGAUAAAUGAACCCCACGAUGGGGAACAGACCACUAUUCCAAAUGAUUUCUCGUUCGACAAACCUGCCCCGGAUAAAGAACAUAACACCAGGGAGAAAUAUUAGUAGGAUUAUUUGAAAUGCAGCUACACGUAGUUGCAUAUCUUGUACAUUAAAGUUCUUGGUUAUACUUUACUAGAUAUGUUAGCCAACAAUUAUUCUUCUUUGUACUGGCCUGGUUUUGCUCAAUGAUUUUGUUAUACCGAUUUUCAAAACUCA